UCAGGCACAUCUACCGACUGCUAAACUCUUCUGGAAAGGGUCCUUUUCCAUGAGGCUGAAGACGCUUAAUAGCAAACAAACAUGCCGACAGUCGCAGUUAAAAGGGAUCUUCUCUUCAAAGCGUUGGGUAGAACUUACACUGAUGAAGAGUUUGACGAGCUGUGUUUUGAAUUCGGACUGGAGCUGGAUGAAAUUACCUCAGAGAAAGAGAUAAUAAGUCGCGAACGGGGCGACGUGAAGGCAGCAGGAGCAUCUGAUGUCAUCCUUUACAAGAUCGACGUACCAGCAAAUCGCUAUGACCUUCUUUGUUUAGAAGGUUUGGUUCGCGGGAUUCAGGUCUUCAAGAAUAAGUUGGAGGCGCCUCGGUACAGGCGUGUUAGCCCCAGCACCGGCGAACCUCAGAAACUCAUUAUCACCAAGGAGACAGCUGCUGUGCGCCCCUUUGCUGUGGCAGCAGUUUUGAGGAACAUAACAUUCUCACAGGAUCGCUAUGAUAGCUUCAUUGAGCUGCAGGAGAAACUCCAUCAGAACAUUUGCAGGAAAAGGUCCCUGGUGGCAAUUGGAACUCAUGACCUGGAUACUAUCUCAGGUCCUUUUACUUACACAGCCAAGCCACCUGCAGACAUCAGUUUCAAACCACUGAACCAGACCAAAGAAUACACUGCCACCCAACUCAUGAGCCUCUACAAGACCGACAAUCACCUGCGACAUUAUCUUCAUAUCAUUGAAGACAAGCCUGUGUACCCUGUUAUUUAUGACAGCAAUGGCAUUGUCUUAUCAAUGCCUCCUAUUAUCAAUGGAGAUCACUCAAAAAUCACUCUCAACACCAAGAAUGUCUUCAUUGAGUGCACGGCCACAGACCUGACCAAGGCAAAGAUUGUGUUGGACACGAUGGUGACAAUGUUCUGCGAAUAUUGUUCACAGCCUUUCACUGUAGAAGAGGCUGAAGUGGUGAACCCUGAUGGCGCGACCUGCAAAUAUCCAGAACUGGCCUAUAGAAAGGAGAAAGUGACCGGCAAGUUUAUCAAUCGCAAAGUUGGCAUCGACGAGUCAACUGAGAAGAUCGCCGAAAUGCUUACUCGCAUGUGUCUUCGCUCGAGGGUCAUAGGUAUUGGUUAUGAAAUAGAGGUUGAGAUCCCGCCCACCCGCUCAGACAUUAUCCAUGCCUGUGACAUCAUGGAGGAUGCAGCCAUGGCCUUUGGUUUCAACAACAUAACCCGCACCAUCCCAACCACCUACACCAUAGCCAACCAGUUUCCACUGAAUAAACUGACAGAGCUGCUAAGACAGGACCUUGCAGCAGCCGGAUUCACAGAGGCCCUCAACUUUGCUCUGUGCUCUCAAGAAGAUAUAGCAGAUAGGCUUGGAAAGAAGAUCUCUGAAACCAAGGCUAUUCACAUCUCCAACCCAAAGACCGCAGAGUUCCAGGUGGCGCGCACCACUCUGCUGCCAGGUUUGCUGAAGACAAUUGCAGCCAACAGGAAAAUGCCUCUUCCUCUAAAGCUGUUUGAGAUAUCUGAUGUAGUGCUGAAAGAUGACACUAAAGAUGUUGGGGCGAGGAACAGCCGACGUUUCUGUGCUGUUUAUUACAACAAGAGUCCAGGCUUUGAGGUGAUCCACGGCCUGCUCGACCGAACCAUGCAACUACUGGGGGUGAGGCCAAGCCGGGAAAAUGGCUACCACAUCCAGGCUGCUGAAGAUUCCACUUUUUUCCCCGGGCGCUGCGCAGAGAUCUUUGUCCACGGGGAGAGCGUAGGACAUCUCGGGGUCCUCCACCCACAUGUCGUCAACAGUUUUGAACUGACGCUUCCCUGCUCCUCCCUAGAGAUGGACAUCGAGCCUUUCCUUGGCCAGACGGCUGAAACGCACCUCUCACACGAGGUUCCCUUGCAGGAAGUCAUCCAGCACAAGUUCCCCACUCAAGUCAAAUCCCAACAAGCUACAUCCUCCACAAAAACUGUGUUUGGAGACUUGACAACGCUUGUGGCUCUCAAAGCUUUAAAUGAUUUCCUGGCGAACAAAAGCUACAUCGAAGGCUUUGUCGCAUCUCAGGCUGACGCUGCCAUCUUUGAUGCCAUUUCCUCUCCUCCGCCACUGACAUUGUGCCACCUCCUGCGCUGGUACAACCACAUCAAGUCCUUCCACAAGGAAAGAGCAGACCUUCCUGUCGUUAACAAGCAAUUUGUGCUCCAAAUUACUCCUCCCACCUCCAACAGCGAUGAAGACAUGGAUCUUUUUGGCUCGGACGAAGAGGCUGACAGAGCAGAGGCCAACAGAAUCAAGGAACAGCGAAUUGCCGAGUACGCUGCCAAAAAGUCCAAGAUGCCAGCUGUCAUUGCCAAGUCCUCCAUCCUCCUUGACGUCAAGCCCUGGGACGACGAGACCGACAUGGCCAAGUUGGAGGAGUAUGUCCGUAGCGUCAGCAUGGACGGUCUGUUGUGGGGGCAGUCCAAGCUGGUCCCAGUGGGCUACGGCAUCAAGAAACUCCAGAUAGGAUGUGUGGUCGAAGAUGAGAAAGUGGGCACAGAUAUGCUGGAGGAAGCCAUCGUCGCUUUUGAGGAUUUUGUUCAGUCAGUCGAUGUUGCUGCCUUUAACAAGAUAUAACUGGAUGGGACCAACCACAUAAAGGAAGCAGCUUCUUAGGGUGUCUUCACACUUGUCAGGUUUGCCUCCAUUAACCAUAUUAUAGUACAAUUUAUUUGGCAAGUGCAAAUGCAUAAUUUCAAUACUGGUGCACAAUUGACCACUUUAAAGGCCUACUGAAAUGAGAUGUUCUUAUUUAAACGGGGAUAGCAGGUCCAUUCUAUGUGUCAUACUUGAUCAUUUCGCGAUGUUGCCAUAUUUUUGCUGAGAGGAUUUAGUAGAGAACAUCGACGAUAAAGUUCGCAACUUUUGGUCGCUAAUAAAAAAGCCUUGCCUGUACCGGAAGUAGCAGACGAUGUACGCGUGACGUCCCUGGUGUGAGGGAUCCUCACAUCCUCACAUUGUUUAUAAUCAUGGCCACCAGCAGCAAGAGCUAUUUGGACUGAGAAAGCGAUUUGUGGAUGAGGAAAGUCAGAGUGAAGAACUAAAAAAAGAAAAGGCGGCGGGAGUGUGAGUGUUUCAGAUGUAAUUAGACACAUUUACUAGGAUAAAUCUGGAAGAUCCCUUAUCUGCUUAUUGUUUUAAUAGUGUUUUAGUGAGAUUGUAAAGUGAUACCUGAAAGUCAGAUGGCUGCUGUGAACGCCUCUGAGAGAAGCCGAGGAGCCAAGAUCACAGCUGCCUUUUUGAGCUGCAGGAGGAGGUCGCAUAAUCCACUGAAGUCUCCGGUAAGAGCCGACUUAAUAUCACAAUUUUCCCAUCCAAAAACUUGCUGGUUGACGUAAAGAAAUAUGUUCGCUAGACCGCGCUGUGUUAAAGCUUCACAACAAAUAAAGAAACACCGGCUGUGUUUCGGUGCUAAAGGCAGCUGCAAUCCACCGCUUUCCACCAACAGCAUUAUUCUUUAUAGUCUCCAUUAUUAAUUGAACAAAUUGCAAAAGAUUCAGCAACACAGACGUCCAAAUUACUGUGUAAUUAUGCGAUGAAAAGAGACGACUUUUAGCCGUAAGUGGUGCUGGGCUAAUAUGUCCGCUACAACCCGAGACGUCACAAACACGUCAUCAUUCCGCAAUGUUUUCAACAAACUCCGCAGGGAAAUUUAAAAUUGUAAUUUAGUAAACUAAACCGGCCAUAUUGGCAUGUGUUGCAAUGAUAAUAUUUCAUCAUUGAUAUAUAAACUAUCAGACUGCGUGGUUGGUGGUAGUGGGUUUCAGUAGGCCUUUAAAAGCGUAUCUUGAUCCAACGUCAGGUAAAUUUUUAUUUCAGAAGUCUUAUCGAUUUACAGAAUAUACAGUAUCCUCUAAACCCUCUUGUACACCACAAAAUAACCCUCACACAACAUCACUCAGAUGAAUAUCUCACCACCUACACAGGCUAGGUUUUUUGGGAAACAUGUCCCAGAGAAUAUCUCCAACUAAGGAUGCUUGUCUUGAAUAAGUCUUAAUGAGAGCAAUAGCACAAUAACACUGAUCCAUAGUCAAUAUUAACAUUCAAAAUCUUGAUCAUGAUAUAGGAACAGCAUAAUUAGCACAGAGAUGUCAAUGGCCCAUCAGAAAUGCUAAGAAUUAUUUAAAAAAAAUAUAUAGUUAUUUAAUUGUUCCUGUAUAUGUUUAGUGUGUUUAUCAAGACAUAGUUAAUUCUAAGCAAAGGUUUCCCAACUAUUAAAAGUGUAAAGUGAAUCAAUCAAAGGUUCUCCCGUUUAGGAUUCAUUACCCAAUCUCUUAUCCAAUAGGAAAUUCUGAUCAAUUCAACAUAUCCCUGAUCUGCAUGUGCCCGCCACUUAUUUCAAUCCAUUUUUAAAGCUGCUUAUGAUAUUUCACAAAGUAAGUCAUGACCUAAUGUAUCAUUUUACACCGUAUAUUUGUCAUUUUUGGUUUAGACUGCUUGCUCCGCUGGUACAGUUUGUUGUUGGAGUGUAAACACAGACCACAAAACUCCUACGCUCACCGUCUGAGUUGGGUCUCGGACUUGAGAGCUGAGUAAGGCAAGUGUAACCGCUAACCAAACUGAAACAUGAAAUAGUGUAUAUCACCAAAUGUGAAAUAAAAGUUAAAUGUUACGGAGAGUCAAAUUGGGACAUUAUUAAAUAAUACAUUUAAUCACUUAAAUGUACCAUUAUUUAUAAUUACCUUUAAAUACUGAAAUAUAAUUUAUUGUAAAAGUACAUUUGAUUAUUAUAAUAUUUGAUGUUUUCUUUAAUGUAAUUAUUCCACAUUUUUUUAGGGUUGCAAGUAUCGAAUUAUUCAGUGGUUGUGUAAUCUAUCAAUUGGUUUGUUCGAUUAAUUGAGUAAUCAGAUAAGACUUCACAGCCUCAACGCGUGUUUUAGGGGAAAGAAAUCUAAAUUAUUUUUCUAGCUUUGCAGAAUUGUUCCUAACAAAUGAGCACCAUUAACAUAAUUGCAGUUUUAACACGUGGUUUAUUAAAAAAAUUAUCUUAUUUCCUUGAAUAGCCGCCGGGGCACUAAUUAAUUUAAAACCCCUUAUCACUCCUAAGCUUACCAAAGGCAUGCGGUAAAGGUAAGCAUGCGCUAAUUAUUUUAAAACCUCUUCUCACUCUGGCACUUACCAAAGGCAUGCAGUAAAAAAUUGAGUGUGAUGUAAGGUUGGACCUUUAAUCCUACUGAAUAGCUUUUAAUCUUCUUCCCUUUAGGCAAUUUCAAAUUACCGGUAUUGAAAUCAAUCUCCUCCAAUUUGAAAAUGAUGACAGGGGACGUGUCACGAGUUUGACCAGGCGGUAAUACUAAGCAUGCGCUCAUUAUUUUGCGAAGCGAGUUUGACCCGGCAGUAAUUCAAGGCAGGCGCAUACUAUAUGCCCUGCGGCAAUUCAAGGAAAUACGGUAAAUUAAAUUACUGUUUGCUACCAGACCAAUCUCGGCACCCACAAACUACCGCUCUAUUGCAGCAGUUGCACAGAAACUGUCCACAUUUCUAAAGUUCCAGGCACUUUCUGAGGUACCAAUUUUCUCAAUUUUGGUUGGGCACUUUUAAAUCGAGUUACUCAGCCUUAUUUGGUUCAGUGUGAACAGUUACCUGACCACACUCGGGACUAGAGUACCGCACGACAAGUGUGAACACACCCUCACUUGUCAAAGAUUCUUUUCUGCUCACUGUCUAAUAAAACUCUCCUCCUGAA